AUGUCGAUCGUUACUCUGGAUAUUUCACUUACAGAAAAAGAUCUAGAAGAAAAUGUUCCUUUGAUUGGAAGUGAUGACAGAAGUAACAUAGACUGGUUAACUCCCUUGACAGUAAACAUUCCAGGAGAAAUAUUAGAAGGAGGAGAAAGAAAAAUUCGACGUUAUAUUGAUUAUCUGAAGAAAGGAAAGGAAAGGAUUUUCCAUGCAAGAGGAAUGAUUGUUGGCUGUGCUGGUGCUGGAAAAACUACAUUAUUAAAUCGAUUACAAAAUAAGGGGCGCAAAAAAGUUAAAAAAGAAACCAAAACAACAAUAGGAGUGGACGUUCACAGAGAUGUAUUUGUUUUAGAGGAUAAUGAAUUGACAGUUAACAAGCAAAAAGUUGACACAUACUUUCAUGUAUGCCCCGAGGACAACGUAUCAUACAUGCAUCAGACCUCAGUUGAUGAAACCAUGGCAGAAGAAUCAAUUGCAAGUGAUGAUGAAAGUGACGCAAGUGAUGAUAAUUCGUCUCAAAUACCAGAAGAAAUAAAACCAAAUGAAAAACAUUCACUCCCUCCAAAAAAGAAAGAAACGGACGAUCAUUCUUCCCAAGGCUUACCAAGAAUUAGUCAUGUAAAUAACCAGCCAUCCACUGUAGCAGCUGAAACAAUUCCCUUUACAGAAAAUAUGGAAACUGUCCUUAGUGAAUCAAAGAACACGAAGGAGAUGGAUGUAAACGAAAGCACUUUCAUUGCAAAAAUGCUGCAUUCUGCGUCUUUUCAUCCAAAAAAGCUUGUUACUUUCCUUGAUUUUGCUGGACAGUGUGUUUAUUACGCCUGCCAUCAGAUCUACCUUAGUCCAAGGGCAUUUUAUCUUCUUGUCGUAGACAUGUCUAAAGAUCUUCAAGAACCUGUAGAUGAAAAGGUUAAUGAUCAGGAGGGUACAAUGUUUGAAAAUUGGACUUACGAAGAUUAUUUUGUGUUUUGGAUGAAGUCGUUGCAUACAUACAGUAACCCCCGACUACCUGUUCCAGUAAUUCUUGUUGCCACACACGCGGAGAAUAAGAGUCAACAGGAAAAAGAGGACUUCUUUAAAAGGAUAUGGAAACUCGAUGAAAAAGGAAUAAAGAUGAAGGAGCAUUUGGAUCCAAGAAGACAAUUUACAAUAGGACUUCCAACAAAAUUUUCAUCUGAUUAUAGCAUGUAUAGGGCAGAAACGGAUGAAAUAAAAGAUUGUAUUAGUCAGCUUGUUCAAAAGCAAAACCAUUGGGGCGAAUUAGUGCCAUCAUCUUGGGUUUUGUUUGAAUAUGAGCUGAAAAACAAAUUUUCGAAGUCGAAGAUAAUAGAAACAAAAUUAUUAAAACAGAUCAACGACGGAUUGCCUGAAGAAAUGAAAAUGUGUGAACAAGAAUUUCAAGAUAUGCUGAGAUUUUUCCACGAAAUCGGAAUCAUUUUGUAUUUCAAUGCUGCAGGUCUGCGGGACUAUGUAAUACUUGAUACCCAAUGGUUCGUAAACGCAUUCAAACACAUCAUAAUGGAUAAAAAGCAAACGGGAACCGAGUAUACAUAUGUUAGAGAAUGGGAAAUCUUCUACGAAACUGGUGAAAUGGGUGAUGAUCUGUUAGAGGAAAUUUGGAGACAUAAAGCCGAGGAUUGCUUAGAUUACAAAAACACAAUACUUUUAUAUAUGGAGAGGCUCGGACUUAUAGCUAAGAUAUCACCAGGAGAUAGCAAAUCAAAGUUUUGGCACUUUAUUCCAUGUGCAAACAGAAAAGUCUUCGAUCCGGAAGUGAUCAAGGAUUAUAGGUGUACUCCAACACUUUGUUUCAAGUUUGACUUUUUAUCUAAUUUUUACUUUCAUCGUUUAAUUGCUGCUUGCCUUGGAUCAAAAGGAUGGAAAAUAUUAUGCGACGAAGAGGGCAAACAAGGAAAGUGCAUUUACAGAAACGUUUGUCUUUUUGCGUAUGAAAAUCAAAAAGUCCUUGUAGGAGUACAUAACAAUAUAAUACAAGUCCAGAUUCUUUUCAAGGAAGAUGAUCAAAAUAUGGACUUUGAUGUCACAACAUACAUCAGGCACCAUAUAGAACAAAACCUACAGAGACUUGCCACAACGUUUACGUACAGCGCAUCCUAUACUGUUGGAUACAAAUGUAAAAUAGACUCAUUUGGAAGUGGAGACACUUCAUUUAUAGAAGAAACCGACAUUCUCGGAGCUGAAGACAUGUCCUGCUACCUUUGUCCAGUGCAAAAAUCUCACCAAAUUCCAGUCAAUGAAAUUUUCAAGAUUUGGAAGAACAGAUUAAAAGGCAAAUAUUUUUAUCUAUAUCCAUAA